UUGUUGUUGAGCUUUUCUCUCUCUAUCUUUUACUUUGCUGUGUUUCUCGGCAGGUGUGGCAGUGGCAGUGCAUGGAUCGAGGGGCGGGAGGGAACAUGAACAACUAGUAGCUUGUUCUUACUAUCCAAGUAUUCUCUCCAUAUUUUCAUCGUUUCCACUUGGUUUUUUGCUUACAUUGGGAAGGAAAGCUUCUUGCAGGCAUUCUGCCACUUCCCAUGCUCCCUCUCUCUCUCUCUCUCUUUUUUCUCUCUUUUUUCUCUCCAAGAUCUCUUUCUUUUCUCUCUCUCUCUCUCUCUCUCUCUCUCUCUCAUAAUCAUCAUCCAGAGUUAAAGCAGAAAAGUAGCCACCCUGAUUAAUACCUUUUGCAGUGUAAUCUCAGUUAGCUCCAGUCUGUUUUUCUUUUCUCUCUUUUGCUCUUAUGCAUGCACAGCAUCACUAGUGAGAGAUAAACAAUCAAACAAACAAACAGUUCACAGUCCCACUUCCUCUAGAUAGAGAAAUAGAAAGAGAUAGAGAGAAAGACAAGGAUAAAUAAAAACACUGUUUGUGUGAACAAUAAUUUCAUCAAAAUCCUUCCUCUCUCUGCAAGCCUGCAACAUAGUAUUUCCUCAACCAGCAUGAAUCCCGGGUGCCCCAUCUAAACCCCCUUCCCUCCCUUUCACAAACCCUUCUCCUUCUUCUUCUUCAUCUUCUUCAUCUUCUUCUUUUUCAUCAUCAUCAUCAUCAUCAUCAUCAUCAACAGCUAGCUCAACUAUGGAAGCAAGGAAUGGGAGUAAUGGUACUAGUAGCAUGAUGGGUUUUGGAGGAGAAGCUCAUGGAGGUUUAACCCCUCUCAUGAUCAUGCCUAUCUUGGCUGGAACUCAUACCAGCACUAACAACACCACCACCACCACCAACAAUAACAACUCCUCCAUUAACCCUCUCCUUCUCCCCCCUUCUUCUUCCUCUUCUCCAAAUCCCAAACCCCCUACUGAUCAUACUCAUCUCCUUGACACCACCAACCUUCUCAAAGCCAAGAUCAUGUCUCAUCCUCAGUACCCUCGUCUUCUUUCUGCCUACGUUAACUGUCACAAGUUGUUUACAAAGGUUGGAGCACCACCAGAGGUGGUGGCAAGGCUAGAGGAGGCUUGUACAUCUUCUUUGAUGGUUGGACGAGCUUCAAGCUCAACCUUUGGUGGAUCAAGUGCUGGUGAUGAUCCAGGUUUAGACCAGUUCAUGGAGGCUUACUGUGAGAUGCUAACAAAGUAUGAGCAAGAGUUAUCAAAACCAUUCAAAGAAGCCAUGCUCUUUCUCUCUCGUGUUGAUGCUCAGUUUAAGUCUCUAUCUCUGUCUUCACCUGCUCCUCCUCCUCCUCCUCCUCCACCACCUCUGAAUAAUUCUAAUAAUAAUAAUCAUCCUCAAGCUUGCGGGGAGCACCCCGAAAGAAAUGGAUCAUCAGAAGAUGAUGUUGAUGUGUGUGAGAACUACAUUGAUCCACAAGCCGAGGACCGGGAGCUGAAAGGUCAGCUCCUUCGCAAGUACAGCGGAUACCUUGGCAGCCUAAAACAAGAAUUCCUGAAGAAGCGAAAGAAGGGCAAGCUGCCGAAGGAAGCUCGACAACAACUCCUUGAUUGGUGGAACAGGCAUUACAAAUGGCCAUAUCCUUCGGAAUCGCAAAAGCUCGCUCUCGCAGAAUCAACUGGACUAGACCAGAAGCAGAUAAACAAUUGGUUCAUCAACCAGCGGAAACGUCACUGGAAGCCAUCAGAGGACAUGCAAUUUGUCGUGAUGGACGCCGCGCACCCACAUUACUACAUGGACAGUGGAAUCGGCAACCCUUUCGCAUUAGACUGCGGUCCGACACUUCUUUAAAGGAACUCACUCAGUUCCUCUCUUAUAUGUUUGCAAGAAGACAAUCUUGGAUUUGAACUGAAAAACAAAGUGUUUUGUGAAAAAAGCCUAACUAGGGUUUGUAAUGGCAUGCAACAACAUGAAGAGGUGCAUGGUUGCAUGCAUGACCUUAAUACCUUAUAAUUUAUGUUGAUGAACUCACUGUGGAGGAUGGGAAUGCAAAACUGUACUUUAGUUGUGUCAUUUUGUGGUCUUUUUAGUGGUUGAAGAAAAU